AUGUGGCGCGGUGCCCCCUCCACGCUGGGGCUAGUGCGCUGGCGAAGGGGCGCCGGGGAGUGGGGUGGGCGCCGGGUGGGCGCCGCCGCCGCGGCGACCGCGACUGCGCUCGGCGACUACCGCCCGCGUCCGAUGGCCGCCGCGUCGCCGUCGUUGUGGACGUGCAAGCGCCUGAUUCACCGCACGACCCGCCUUUGGCUGGAGCCGUCGAAGGGGGUCGGGGCCGCGGCGGCGGGGUGCGCAAGGGCGCCCAAAGGGGAAGGCCAGCCGGAGAAGGCCGCGGAAGCCGCGCAGCCGCCGCAAAAGCCGCAGCGCCCGAAGGCCCACAAAACCGCGGUGAAGGCGCGGACGGCGGCGGCGGGAGGCUCUAUUGUCACAGAGGAGGCCCUGCAGAAGAUCCCUGUGUACCGCGUGGUGACGCACGUCAUGCGGCACUUGUGGCCACCCGGGCAGCCAAAGUACCGGGCGCUGGUGGUUGCCAGCGUGAUGUGCGUCAUCACGGCAAAGAUGCUCAAGGUGGCUGUGCCGUUUUGGUUCAAGAUGGUUGUGGACGCCCUCGCACCCGGCCACAAUGUUGCGGAGGCCGUGGCCGUUCUUGGCCCAUGGCAGCUUGGCGUCUUUGGGAUGGUCGCCGCCUACGGCGUCACCCGACUGACGAGUUCGUUGACCGAGGAACUCAAAACUGCGCUUUUUGCCCCGGUCGGCAGCCACGCCUCCACCACAAUCGCCAUGGAGAUGUUCCGCAAGCUGCAUUCGCUGGAUUUGCACUUUCACCUUAGCCGUGAAACAGGGGUUUUAAGUAAAGACCUCGAUCGUGGUAGCCGUGCGUUCUGGGCCCUUGCCUACGCCCUGCUGUUUCUGAUUGUUCCCACCGCGUUUGAGGUGGUGCUUGUUUGCACCGCACUGCAAACUAGCGCGGGCCUUAGUUUUAUUCUGACGGCGUUGUCGGCUGUAUUUGCGUACAUUGGGUGGACGUACGCCGUCUCCAACUGGCGCGCCGUAUACCGUGAACGCUACAACAAGGGUGAUAGCCGCGUUGGCGGACUCACGGUGGAUUCACUGCUCAACUACGAGACGGUGAAGUACUUUGGUCGGGAGGACUACGAGGAGGAGCGGCUUCGCCGCGAGACGAUGAAGACAAACCGUGACCUUGCUCGGCUGGAUCAAUCCAUGGCGGUGCUGAAUUUUGGUCAGCAGGCUAUCUUUGUGCUUGCGGCCCUGACGUGCCUGUACCUUUCAACCUGCGGGGUGGUGGCCGGUGCGAUGACGGUGGGAGACAUGGUGCUCGUGGACGCGCUGCUGAUGCAGCUGUACACCCCGCUUAGUUUUCUCGGCAUGAUCUACCGCGAGGUACAGUCCUCAACGCAGAACAUGCAGGCCAUGAUCGCCUUGCUUGACAUUGAGAGCGCCGUGAAGGAGAAGCCAGACGCGCGCCCACUGAAACUUACCGCUGGGACCAUUGAGUUACGGGACGUGUGCUUUCGCUUCGACGAACAUGGGGCGGGACGGGGCAUCCUGCAUAACCUUUCCCUCACCAUCCCGGGCGGCAGCACUGUGGCCUUCGUUGGGCCCUCGGGCAGCGGCAAAAGCACCAUCUUCCGGCUACUCUACCGCUUCUAUGACCCCACCGCCGGCGCGAUUCUCAUCGACGGCCAGCCGAUGACGGAGCUGCAGGUGAGUAGCCUUCGCAGGGCCAUUGGGGUUAUUCCGCAGGACACAGUGCUCUUUAACGAAACGGUGCGGUACAACAUCCGCUACGGCCGCCUAAACGCGACGGACACGGAGGUGGAGGAGGCGGCGCGUGUGGCGAGCAUCCAUGAUAGCAUCAUGAGUAUGAGUCAGCAGUACGAAACCUGCGUGGGGGAACGUGGGCUGAAGCUCUCUGGAGGAGAAAAGCAGCGUGUCGCCAUUGCGCGCGUUGUUCUCGACGACCCGCCGAUACUGCUGGCGGAUGAGGCCACCUCGGCCUUAGACACUGCGACGGAGAUGCGUGUGAUGCAGCGGCUGCGGGAGCGAGGCGGGAAGGGGCGCACCAUAAUCCUCGUCGCGCACCGCCUCACUACUGUCAAGGACGCCGACAGGAUUUUUCGUCCUGGACGGCAAGGGAGGUCUGGCGGGGAGUGGCAGGCACGAUGA